AUGUGGAAGGAUGCCGAAGUUGACGGUACUUGUGAGCCACGCGCAGGCAGCCCCGUACCGGACCGCAUGGUUAAGGCUUUUGAGCUAGAGUAUGAUUCCUUUAGCAGCGGAAUUCUUUUCAGGCUGGCCAAGGAAACAAGGCAGAACGAAGCCGAUAUACGGUCGGAGGUUUUUGGUCCGUUUGCGGAUCCUGUGGAUGCGGAUCAUUGGCCGGGUCGCCCAAACUGGGUCUCAGGCUGGCCAAGGAAACAAGGCGGAACUAGGCCGAUAUACGGUCGGAGGUUUUUGGUCCCUUUGCGGAUCCUGUGGAUGUGGAUCAUUGGCCGGGUCGCCCAAACUGGGUAUCGCAGGAGUUCAAGGCUUGGGAAGAUGAAGGGAUGGGAUGAGAUUGGUAAAUCGCGCCCGUCUGAGAAACGACAACACAGGUUCAUCCUGUUGCGGUCGUGUCCCGACAGCAGGCGACAUUGUGCCGCUACUCCGGUAACGGUUCACUCAGCACAAGGUCAGCCAUUUCUCGGUGACAUGAUCUGGGCAAAGUGGGUGUUCUUGCAUGAUACGGUGAAAGAGCUACAACAUCGUGGCCACCGAAAACGUACCAUUCGAGCGGCCUCGUCCAAGUUGUCGCAUCCAAGGAUUUUCAUCUCGCUACUACCAAUAAUGGCUUUCGCAUCUUCAACACGAGUGCCUGUGAGGAGAAAAGUUUGCAAAAGCAAGGGACCGAUAAGGAACAUCGUGAGGACGAAUAUGAUUAUGCAGCGAGACAGAGAGCUCAAGAUGGACCCGUGGUUAACACGUGAAACUACUGUCCGAGAGACAUCCAAUAGUUCCAUCCAAACCGAUGUAGUUGAGGUUGGCUUGUGCAGCCCGGACAUCCCGCUCGUCUUCCUGGGUCCAGUCGCGUUGAUCGAAGAUCUCCUUUUGUCGAAAGGCAGCGUUAUCGUCAAAGUUCAUUUUGCAAUCCAUGCACAAGACUGUUCCACAGAGGAGGCAAAGAGGCAAUGCGUAAAGGAGAGAGGGGGGAGUGAUGGACAGAGGAGACAAACCGAUGUAUUAAUAAACACUAAGGAUACUGAACAAAACGACUAUGCCGAAGCAGUGGAGAAUAAAACACACCAUUACAGACUUAGUUCUCGGUCUGAACCUGUCAAGUUGGCGUUCCCGUCAAAAACAAUCACCAAAGAUGCACAACGCCUAAAACCAGGUCGUAUGUAA